CAGUCCCACUGAAACGCUGCAUCAACAAAUUGAUGCAGGCUUUCUGAUGCACCUGUAGGAGCUCAAAGAGUUUCUUAUGCUGGAGAAGAAUCUCACCCAGGAGGGACUAUUUCGCAAGACAGGAGCCGUUUCCAGGCAGAACGAGCUACGAAUGCACAUACAGCACGACCAGCCCUUGGAUUUGGAACUGACAGGAUUCUCGGCUCACGACUGUGCCACUGUUUUUAAGAGCUUUCUGGCCGAGCUGCCAGAGCCUUUGCUUACAGACGCCCACUAUCCAGCACAUCUUCAGAUAGCGCCGCUUAGCCAGGCAUUAAUGGGGGGUCAGGUGGCGGCUACCGCAGAGCGCCAACAACAUCUUCUCAACUCGGUGCAGCUGCUCCUUCUCCUGCUCCCCGAAGAGCAUCGCGAGUUACUGCAGCACAUUAUUAAAAUGCUCCAUUCGGUGGCAGCGCGUGAGGAGAGCAACAAGAUGUCCGCGGAGAAUUUGGCCAUCUUGUUUACACCGCACCUGAUUUGCCCCAGGGAAAUGCCGCCUGAGGCGCUCCACUAUACGGCGACGAAGAUGUCCAGCAUUGUGUCCAUGAUUCAGCAGGGUCUGGAAAUCUUCGAAGUUCCCGGAAAGCUAGCCACCGAUAUUCGGGCGUACUUUCUUGAGCGCAAACGCAAAAAAACCAUGUCACCGGAGCAAACCCUUGAAGAAUCCAUCUCGGACGACUCGACGGUCAACACGGUGUACACUUUUGUAGAUCGUGCCGCCACGGCAGCGGCAAACAACAGCAAUUACACGGACACUGCACUGGCGCAGCUGUACGCGCACAUUCAGAGCCUUCCGGAGUCCUCCAAGAAGCGUCGCCUCAUCAAGCAGUUUAACAAGCAAAACGGACAAGGCACACCGCUGCAGGUCAUCGCGAGGAGCUCCAGCGUGCCAUAAGGGAGCAUCACGAGAAGCAUGAUGCCAAAAUGAUGCGCGCCAUGGAGGAGGCAGAGCGUAAGAAGUAGAAAUCCAUAUGGAUCACUGCACCCAGCCGUUUCGUUAUAUAACACCAUUUCGAUCAUCCUGCAGCUAUGCCAUAAAUGCGGCUAAACUGAAACUGUAAACACUUUUGUAUGCGACGUAAUAAAGACUUGAAUGUACCCAAAGC